AUGACUUCCAUUUCCUGCUUCAGUUGUCCGUUGAGCUCCGCACCAAACACCGCUGACUUAGCGCCACUGUCGGGUUAUUCAUCAUCUCUCCUGUGGCUGACACUCAAACAGUGAGCGAUCAUGUACCGAUACGCUUCGUUUGCUUUAUUUCUCGCCAUCGGAAUCGCGGUUCAGCGGUCAAACGGCACAGAGGUGACUGUCAAAGACGACAAUGACAACAUAUGUCUCUAUGCCCAACUAAUGGUCAACUUUUCAGUCUCCUAUGAAGUAGCUGACAAUAAGAGUCAAACCGUGAUGUUUAAACUUCCUGUUGACGUCUCAACAAAUGGAAGUACAUGCGAUGACGCAAGCUCAACGUUGAAGCUCAAUUUUGGCAAAGGACACUCCUGGAGUGUGAACUUCACCACCAACGGAAAAAUGUACAAUGCUGACACCGUCACCUUUUCCUACAACCUCAGUGACGCCACCAUCUUCCCUAAAUCGGCUUUGAAUGGCACCCAAAAUGUCACUGCCAAGCCUCAAUUCACAGAAGUGGGCAUUGACACCUGCUACUCGUGCCGGAGCAUAGACACCAUCGAGGGCGAGUCCGUCAACCAGACGCUGUGGAACGUGCUCAUUCAGGCUUUUGUCAGCAACAACAGCAAAAGUGAAAACAUUACUUCUUGCGCUGCUGACAUGCCCGUGACCACUGCUGCCCCGACCACUCCUCCCACCACCGCAGCCCCUGUCACAAAUUCUUCCACCGCCCCACCACCCACCACCACCCCGACCCCCACCCUCCCCACACCCGCCACCGGCAGGUACAACGUCAAGCCCGAUGAAAACAGCACUGCCUGCCUGAUGGCCGACUUUGGGCUGCGGAUCGGUCUCAAGACUGAGGAGAUGAACUUUGAGCCCAAUGGGACUACGUCCUCCGGCUCAUGUGGAGUCAACAGCAGUCAGCUGGUGUUGGUGUCCAACGCGGUGACAAUCACGCUCACUUUCCUCAAUGACACAAAGAAAUUCCACCUUCAUGCUCUGAACGUCACCGGAAAGACCAGCUCCGGUGGGGCAUUUUCUGUGGCGAACACCAACCUGAGUCUGUGGGAGGCGGCUGUCGGCAGCUCUUACAUGUGCAACAAGGAGCAGAACUACACCAUCACAGAGGCGCUCACCCUGUACACGUUUGACCUGCGGGUCCAGCCUUUUGGAGUCAAGAAGGGUGUUUUCAGUACAGCCCAUGAAUGUUCUCUGGAUGACACCAGCAUCUUAAUCCCAAUCAUUGUUGGUGCUGCUCUGGCUGGCUUGAUUCUCAUUGUAGUGAUCGCUUACGUGAUUGGCCGAAGAAAAACUUAUGUUGGAUAUCAGACCCUUUAAAUCCAGUUUUGCAAUCAUUAUCAAUGGGGUUCCCAAGCCUGGUCCUUGGGUUUCAUGUGCAAUUGUUUAAUUGGCAAAUAACUUGAGAGUCAAACUUGAGUCAAAACCUAAACUGAAGUCUCUGGGGAAUAAAAAAAAUAGAAAACCUGAGACGGAAUAUUGACGUUACUGCCCAUUUUGAGACAUGAAGUGCACAAAGAUAAUUUUCAAACUGCAGUUGCCUCACAGGUUUGGUUUCUUUGACAAGGACCAAACUUGUUAAACCCCAAUGUGUUUUUUGUUUUGUCUUCCCUGCCACAUUGUGUUUUUGCUCAAUGAGCAAGUGCAAAAUCCAUGCAACGGUUUUUAAUCAUGAUCCCACGAAAGUACACUUCUACUCCGCCUCGGAGCAUUCGUUCUCCACAGAUGUGUAACAACAGUUCAAAUCAGUUGCUGUCGGAUCCUGCACUCGCUCUGCAGACCCUUUUGUUUCCACCUGUCAUUGUUUGAUCUUUGUGCACAUUUUUUUUUUUUUCUCCUUUUCAUUAUUGUUUGACACCACAUCAUUAUUUACAUAAUGAAAGAACAAUCAUUUUCAGCUUUUCUUUCCUCCCAGAGAGUCAUUAACAGGAAUGAAGGUCUAUAGCCGAUGUUGGCCCCUGUAGAGCAGGAGAACCAUUGGAAUCAUUACCCUGAUUAUGGGACUUUUUAUCGUUUAAACAUAAAUAGCUCGAGCGGUCUCUUAAAUUUGCACACAUAGAGAAUAAGUCAUAUAUAUAUAUAUAUAUAUCCCCACAACCAAUUUUGGCAUUCAUUUUAGAAAAGGGAGAGAGUUGUGUUGUGUAGAUAUUCACUUUUGAGGUGUUUUUAUGUUUGCGUGUAAAUGCACUACGGCGCUCUUUAAUUAUGUCGUCACAUUGUCUCAGCUGUGUGGGGGCGUUAAAGCCCCCGACAACAUUGUGAGAACAUGAAUAAACAAGGAACUAAAUAAUUCAUUUUAGAAAACAAGAGUUAGCCAUUUUGGUUACAGUGAUUUGCUUUCUUGCUGAGGGUUUGAUGGGAUUAUUCUGCACAAAGACAGAGAGGCUCGGUCCAAACGAAACAUCCGACACUCGCGUAGCGUCUUUUAAUUUGAGUGGAAUUCAUCUUGUCGCUGUCUGGUAAGAAAGCCGAAAAGGCACUCCUUCUUUUAAAAGAUCCUCUCGGACCCCCCCCCCCCCCCCCCCCCCCCAAAUCUUCAUUUUAAAAAUGAUGAAACAAAUCAAUCACAUGAAACGGACUAAAUUAGUUUUCGCAGGAGCUUUUUAAGUCAAGGAAUCGUUAGAUCAGAAGACGAUGUUACGCAUGGUAGUUUCUGAUAUCUUUGUUCCAAGCAUUCAAGACUGGAGCAAAGCAGGCGCUUAAUACCGUAGGUGAUGGUGGCGUGGUUUAGGCAUAGAAUUGGCUCCGCUGGAACGUCUCAGGCACGUCGAUGAAUAGCUCCGAAUCCAAAAUGACGCGCUGCUUAAGGCUUAUGAUUGUUGCCGUCUUGUGUAUUUUAAGCUUUGUGCGAUCGCCUUAAUUCUAAAGAUGGGUUUUUGAAGCAUGUGUAGGUGUUUGUUGUUUUUCCCCAACCGUAAUCUCCUUUUAUGACGGCUGUGCCUCGCCACAUUUGUUCAUUCAAUAACUCGCUUUAAAUGGCUAAGAAACGUUGCAAACACCUGUUCAGCAAAAGGGAAUUUGUGCAGCAAGACCAUCGCGAUGAAGAUGAAUUCAUGUGUGUGUGUGUGGAUACAAAGGUUUCUCAUCUCCAUCCACUCACGCUGUUAGCUGGAGCAAAUCUGUUUGCAAAUUGUGUGACGGGACUGUUGAGCUUUUAAGUCUUUUUAAGAUUCAAGGAAAUAAAAAAUGUGUUUCUGCCCUGGA